GUUGUCAAAAAGUACCUCCCAAGACAUAGCCACUACUGAUGAGAAGGAGCGAGAAAGAAGAAGGAGGCGCCGAACUCGCUGGGAGAGCAUCGACGCAAAGGAGAACGAAUGGAAACAUUCCUGUGGAAGAGUUAUGUCGCUCACCUUCACCAGAACCAAUUUACGACGCCAAGGGCCGUAGAGUCAACACUAAAGCAGAUAGAGCUAGAGACAAGUUGGAAGAAGAACGCUUACGUAUUUGUGAAAGAUUAAAGCAACUAGACCCCUAUUUUCAGCCACCUCCUGGAAUAAGACCCUUAAGAGUUUCUGAGAAGAUGUACCUUCCAGUCAACGAGUAUCCCAACGUUAACUUCAUUGGCCUUAUCCUAGGACCCCGUGGCAAUACUCAUAAACGUCUUGAAAAGGACUUCAACUGCCGAAUAGCCAUUCGGGGAAAGGGUUCUGUGAAGGAUGGAAGAAAUAGGGUUCCAGCACCAGAUGAUAACGAUGAUCUUCAUGUUGUGGUUACCUCGGAGGGCAUGGACGCAAAAGAUAGAGUGAAAAAGUGUUUGCAAAGAAUACAAGAUUUAGUAACAGUAAUGGAUGACGAGAAGAAUGAACACAAACAAGCACAACUUCGAGAACUUGCAGCUUUGAAUGGAACUUUACGUGAUCGAGAUAGUUUUCGGAAAGAUGAGUUACUGCGUGGACCCGGUAGCUUUUUUUCCAAUUCCAUAAGUUGUCGCAUAUGUGGUGACUCUAGCCAUCCCACUGUUGAUUGCCCUAAGAAAUAUAAAGAUGGUAAUGAUCUCGAUGCAGAAUAUCAAUCAUUUCUGGAAGAACUAGGUGGUGCACCAUCAAGUGAUGCACAAGGCUCUGCGUCGCAUGCUUUUGGAGAGUCUGGAAUGGGAGGGUCUCAAGGAAUGAUGAGUUCAACACAUAAAAUUCCUCCUUGGAGAAUACAUUAUGGCUAUCGUGAUGCUAAUGGUAACGUUACAUACCCGCAAGUAACUUUCGGAGAAAAUGGUCAAGUUAUAACAUCAACGGACCACACCGUUGUUUCUACAUCCGUUAUGAACUCGAAAGUCUCUUCAAGUUCUCCUGCUUUUCAAACAGGAGCACUUUCCCCUCCACCACCACCGCCACCACCACCUGAAGACGAUGAACUUCCUCCCCCGCCACCUCCUCCAUUAAGUUGAAGACGGUUAUUUUAGUUUGGAGAAUACUCUUAUUUCACUUAGAUAAAUUGGAAAUUUUCGCA